CAUCCGCAAUGUAGACGUCUCUCGUCCGUCUUGUCUUCUUGUGACUCGUCUUAUUCUUAUACCUAGUUGAAGAUCGUUUGCCACGCUUCUGAAUUUUAAUUGUUUACAGCAAUUCGAAAUUAAUUAAUUAAAGAAGUUGGUCAUCAUACUUUCCAUUCGCAGGGAAGUAGAUGACAACUUUACGCGCGAUUGGAUCAGCAGUUGAAUCGUCACGUUGUUUAUAUCUCGCCCUGGUUUUCCGCAACUUUUGUUUUGCAUCUUUUUAAGAGGUUUGACGCCUGACAUGUUGCCAAAUAACAUGUAUGUCAACCGGAAUUUUACGUCUCGCGCUCUUCCCGAACGGAUUUUCACGCAUUUCGCAUUAUGAGUCAAAGUGUAAAAACCAUUGACUUCCGUCGACCGAUGGUGCAAGAGCAACGUUACCGUCAAGGGCUGGUCGCUCGUUGAUCGCACACUGCGGGGAACCGACUGGGUUAGAGAGGCAAUUCGAAAACAUGGACCAGCUGAUCGAUGUGGACGACGUCGAGACUGGGAUGCGCUCCUCCAAGAGCUCGACGGCCUCGACGCUGCACUUCGGCUGCAUCAGCUCGAACUCGAUAUGCUACGUCGCGAUCACGAUCGCGACCCUGACCUUCCUCGCCGUGAUCGUCUUCAUCUACCGGGACAUCAUAAAGCUGCUGCUCCACUGGAUCGAGCAUCAGAACGCCUGGAUCAUCGCCGUGAUCUUCAUCUGGCUGUUCACGCUGGUGUCGUUCCCGAUCGUCGUCGGCUACCUGUUCCUCAUCGUCGCCAGCGGCUACCUGUUCGGCAUGGUGCGCGGCAUGGCGAUCGUCAUACUCUCCGCCAAUCUCGGCAUCGCGAUCGCCCACGUCACGCUGGGCAUGCUGUCCACCAGGCUGCCGAUAGGCGACCUCCUGCAGACCGGCGCCCCGACGACCGCGAGGGCGAUACUGCGCGUGAUAUCCGGCCCGCAGGCCUUCAAGAUCGUGCUGUUCGCGCGGCUCACCCCGAUCCCGUUCGGCCUUCAGAACACCAUCUUUGCGGUCAGUAACAUAGGUGGUUUUCAAUACCACGUAGCCAGCGCGAUAGGCUUGCUGCCCGCCCAGCUGGUCAACGUUUACUUGGGCAGCAGUCUGAGGUCGAUGCAGGACGUGCUGGAGGACAGGUCCACGGCGGCGACCGGCUACGUAGUGUUUUGCUUCCAGAUAUUGGUGGGACUCUCGCUGAUGGUUUACAUUGUACAGAAAGCGCGGAAGGAGCUUCAGUUGACGUUGUUCGAGGCCGAUCUCGCGAAUUCACCUCAUUACGUUCUGGAUGGUCUACCAGAUUCCAAGAUCUUGUCAAAUGAGUAUCUCAUAGCGUAAUUCUAUUUUUUUUUUUUUUAUACUGAACGUUACUUGUAAAAGCAUUUUUGACAGUUUAUAAUUUUAUUGCAAGCAACAACAGCGCUCUCCGACCUCUUUCUCCAUAUAAUUUAUUAUAUUUUUAAUGUUUUUUUCUGUGUAUCUUCCAGAGGUAUAUUUCGCUAAUUGUAAGUCUUAUCGAUGGUGCUCUCGGAAAUUUAAGCUUUCGAAUGUGGCGUUAUACAUAUGGGGGGAAGUUUGUUAUCAGAGUAUUAAAUGCGUAUUAAGUCUUAUCAAAGCUAACGUGACUUUUUGGUACCAAACGAAGCCUCAUAGGGCAUGCGACGCGUGCAUGUAUAUUUUGGUAUAAAAAAUAAAAAAUAAAGCGGAACGAGGGAAUGACGCGGAAUCAGAAAUUCUAUGUGUAUAAAGCUUCCUUGCAAUAAGAGCAUACUCUAUAUAAUUUAUAUAAUGCUCAUAUCUGUGUAUAUUUUAUAUAAAUAUAUAAAUAUAUAUGAUAUAUUUAUAUAUUAUAUAUAAUAAAUAUGCAUCUAAGAUUAAUAAUAGAGACUGAAACUUUACAUUUAUACCUUUUGCAAUGUUAUCGAUCAGUUAUAUUGGUCUCUCUCUUUUUCUCGGUUCUUUAUCCGAACUCUGUUGUUAAUGUAAUGAUAUUUAAUGUGCAUUUGUCCGUUGUGUUUUUUUUUCUCGUGCAAUAUAUUCCAUUUGUAUAUUAUAUUAUAUUAUAUUGUAUUAUAAAGAGAUACAGUUAUAUCUUGUACGAUAUAAUCCUGGAAGGAGAAUGGUGUGCCCGGUGAUAGGAAAGAAAAAAAAACGAAUAAUAAAUUUCUCAUUCUUUAACCGAA